UCUAAGGGAGAAGCGGGCUGUGGACGGGUUUCGAAAGGAGCAUCUGAAAGUCGAGCAGUACUCGUCAGAGGGCCUGGACUGAAUAAUGGACUUGCAAGGUGGGAGUGGGAGGUCCCCGCGGAGUAGCACUGCUAUCAGGAGUGGAAAUGUGAUUAAUAGAUCAAACAAAGUGCAGAGAUAACUGAAAGCCUGAGUCAGGCGGAAUGGGACGAAGAUCCUUAACCGGAACAACUCGUACAAGUACGCGUAUUUCUUGGAGUGAAAUCCGAGAGGCAAACGGGACAGGCGACGCGUUUUCGGUUCUCAGCUCCGCCUCUUUUUUCGCUGUGGUUGGACACCGCUGCUCUCGGAGUUCCCAGGCAGUGUGGCGGAGGGCUGCCGGGAUCGGCACUCUCAGAGGGGAGACGCUUCAGUACCGGACAGGAUGGGUGGUAAGCAGACUAAGGAAGAACCCAAAGAACAAAAGCAAAGAAAUAACCAGACGGCUAUUUGUAAAAGGAAGAAGAAGUGUUGUCGGAAACCAAUUCCCUCACGUGAUCCCCUGUUCUUCCAUCCGUACUGCAAGGGGUCCCAGAUAAAGCUGGAUUCAUCCAAUCAGUGCGCAUGGAGAAAUGCUGGAUUCUGCAAUGGCAUCACCUUCACCCACCGACCCGUGAACCUCGAGGAGAAAGUGAGAGUGAAGAUCACAAAGAUGGAUGUUAAAUGGAACGGUGCAUUGCGACUAGGCUGCACCCUAUUCGACCCUUCCCUCAUGGUUUCCAGUGCUCUUCCAAGGUUCAUCUGCCCAGAUCUAGAAAAUGUUUAUGGGUUCUGGGCCAAAGCAUUACAAGAGGAUGAUAUACAAGAGGGAACUGUUAUUACUUUCUGGAUAAACAUACAAGGCUUUUUCCUGUAUAGUAUAAAUGGAGGAAGGGUGUGUCUUCUCAUGGAUGGAUUGUUGGUAGCUCACCCAUUGUGGGUGAUGAUAGAUGUAUAUGGCAGGACUCAAGGAAUUCAAAUCGAAGAUCCCUGUGUGAAAUCUGUAUCCCCCAGCAAGUUGCCAAAGCAACCAUCUGUCACUGUCAGAAGCAAUGAACCGCAAACAGUACAUUCUCAGACACCUGUUUUACCUGCAAUGCCCAACAAUGGCCAUUCUGAAUGCAGGCCCAGGUUUACUGAGGUUCUGACAAAUUACAACCCCCAGAGCUCCAAACCCAUGGAUGAAGACUGCCUGAUUUGUUUCUCAUACCCAGUGGACUCUGUUAUAUACAAAUGUGGACACAUGUGUCUGUGCUAUGGCUGUGGGAAGAAGCUGCUCAGCAGGAAAUUGGCAUGCCCAGUCUGUAGAGAACCAAUGUUGGAGAUCAUCAAGACAUUCCCCAAUUGAUGCCUCAGGAUUAGCUGAUCACUCAUCUGUUGGUUAGUUCAGUACGAGUGACCUUCAUUUGAAUAUAAACAUGUGGACCGCUGCAAUAUAAAACCAUAUCCUAGCGGGGAAAUUUUCCAGCAGCUGGACACAAAAUCCAGAAGAGGAUAAUGUAAAUAUUGACAUGUGGUGAACUACAGAUACCUGUCUGGACACGCUGACUGCUCCUGUGGCUCCUCCCGCAGACCCCUGUAUAAAGGCGAUUGGAGGCACUGCUCCUCCCUCAGCCUCCAGGAUGUUGUGUGGUGGUCUCUUGCAGCUAAUAAAAGCCUAUCGUUCGCCUCCCUUCUCCGAGCGUUAUUGAUGGUGCAUCAGGACAUAAACAGCGCACUUUGUUAUGGAGGUCCACUCUAACUGUGAUACCUAGGAUGUGUGUGAGUAGCUGCAGGAAGUUCUCGAGGGGGAGGGCGAAAGCCAGAGUUUGGGCAUAUGUUGGUACAAAUAACAUGGGUAGAAGAAGGGGUGGGAUCCUGCAGAAUGAGUACUGUGAGUUAGGUAUGAAAUUAAAAUGCAGGACCUUGAGGGUAAUGAUCUCCUGGGGCCUUGUACUGGUAAAGCCAGAGGUGAAGAGCAGGUUAAGGGGGCAGGGACUCGGGUUCUGAGGUCAUGGGGAUCCUUUCCGGGGUAGAAGCGAAUUAAGCAGGAGGGAUGGAUUGCAUUUGAACUGAUCUCCUUGCGGGGAAGUUUGA